ACCAAUUGUGACCACAAAAGAAAAAAGGCAAAUGCUAUCGAACUCUGUGUUAGGGAAUGCCGCAAAAUCCAGAGUAGGAACAAGAAGAGAUGAAGUAUACAUAGCAGUUGUGCCGUUGAGAGCGACAAAAGGGCCAGCCCAGUUGCUCAUGUCCACUGCUUACUCUCUCAAUUUAUGGGAUUUGCAGCAUUUCAUGGUUAUCGUCAAUCCCAAUUCCUCCUCUCAGGCAUUAGUGUAUGAUUUCCAACCUCAAGAUCCUGAAAACAUAGCUGUUGCUGUUGCAGCUCUAUCCGGCAGAAAUGUACCAGGAGUUGUUCGUAUGAGGACUCUGAAGAAGCUGCCAACAAGGAAGUGCUGGUUUGCUGGCUACUCCAAGAGUGAUGCAAUAGAUGCGGCAAACAAAUUCAACGAAGGGUGGGAAACUGACUUGAGGAUCAACCAUCAUGACUGCAGAAACUAUGCAAAUGGACUAGUGGAAUAUCUCACUGGAACGAAAGCAGUGGUGGAGCACCUAAGAAGCAGCAGCGUAGGCAAGAGUUGAGAUGUAAAGGACUGAAGCAUCAUACUAGUAUAUGUCAUAGAUGUGUAGAUUAAGUCAUCUAAGUAAACCUUUUAACACUUUACCAGCCAAUAGAAGUUCUGCAAAUAUAUAUUCACCUGAACUGUAGAGCUGUGGUGUAUAAAUUUCCAAAUGCUUGAGAGCAAUAAUUGUGACUUUGACAGAGUGAUACAGUUGUGUCA